AUGGUUGUAUUUAUCCCCGAUAUCGUUUUAUCUGGAUGGGCCAAGCCCGAUCCUAACUGCGCAAACGAUACAGAAAUCAUCAACGCAUUGCUCAAGGAUACCUAUAACAAGCACUACAUUCCUUCACAUCCGACACAUGUGCGAGUAGACAUGUGGGUGCAGGAAGUAACUGCCGUGUCAGAACUCACACAGGAUUUUGAAAUUGGUCAGUUUCGCUUUGUUUAA